CGGAGGAGGAGCGGGAGGAGGAGCGGGAGGAGGAGCGGGAGGAGCGGGAGGAGCGGGGGGAGUGGGAGGACGGAUGGGAAAAAGAGCGGGAAAAAGGAGUGCGAGGAGCAGCGGGAGCAGGUGCGGGAGAAGGAGCGGGAAGGGAAAUGCGAAGGGGCGGAGGAGCCGCGGAAGGAGGAGCUGGAGAAGGAGCGGCAGGGGAAACGGGAAGGGGAUUAGGAGCGGGAGAAGGAGCACGAGGAGAAACGGGAAGGGGCGGAGGAGGCCCAGGAGGAGGGGCGGUAGAAGGAGCGGGAGGAGGAGCGGGAGGGAAAACGGGGAGGGGGUUAACGAACAUGCGAGAGGCGGAGGAGGGGGAGGAGAUAUAGGUGGAGGAGGAGAAGCGAGAGGAGCACGAGGACGACCGGGAGAAGGAGCGGUAGGAGAAACCGGGGAAAGAGCAGGGGAAGCAGCGGGAGAAGGAGAAGCAGUAGGAGGGAGAGCUCGAGAAGGAAAACGAGGAGGAGAGGGAGGAGCAGCAGGAGAACGAGCCGAAGCGGGGCUAUGGCGGGAUCUUUGUUACGUUGUUUGGCAGCGGAAGGAGGACGAGCAGCAGGAGGAGCGGGAGGAGCAACAACAGACGGAGCGCGAGAAGGAGAGGGAGGAGGAGAGGGAGGAGGAGAGGGAGAAGGAGCGGGAGCGGGGCUAUGGCGGGAUCUUUGUCACGUUGUUUGAUGGAGGAGGAGCGAGAGGAGGAGGAGUGGGAGGAGCGGGAGGAGGAGCCGGAGGAGGAGCGGGAGGAGGAGUGGGAGAAAGAGGGGGAGAAGGAGGGGGAGGAGUGUCUGUCCUUCAACAUUCCUGUAGGCAUUGAGCAGAGUCUUGUCGUCGAUCAAUAUAAGUCUCUGCUCAAUCGAUGCACGUAUCAGCUUACUGGAAGCUUCCAUUGACUCGGACUGAAUCACAGCACUGAUUCGAUCCUCCUCCUCACUUGAACCAUCAUCAAUCCUUUCGAGAAUCUUUGUCAUCACGUGGGUAAUCCCAGCAAGAAUCAACAAUUCUGCUUUAACCUUGGAAAAAAUUCCUGAUAAUCCAUGUAAGAAAUGUACAAUUUGCAACAAAAACCAAAAGUUGUU